AUGGCCGAGGCCUGCGCCAAUCCCCUUCUUGCGAAGUGGUUGAAGGAGUGGAUGGAUGAGGCCAAAGAGCGCAAUAGUAAAGGUCACAUUGUGUACAAAAAAGCUUACCAGUCCAUGAUAGCAUGCCCUAUGCGCUUCAAUCACCCUUCGGAGGCUCAGCAACUCAAUGGGCUUGGUCCGAAAUUGUGCGACCGCCUCGCGGACAAGCUCAAAGCAUUUUGCGAAGCCAAUGGGCUACCUAUGCCUGUGAAAGGCAAAAAGAGAAGAGGGCCAGGAGAUGCGGAAGAGUCUACACUGGCUGAAGCCGAGCCAGAGUCACCAAAGCGAAAGCAGCGCAAGACACAACCAUAUGUCCCGAAACUAAGGUCUGGAGCCUAUGCUCUGAUCAUGGCUCUGGGUGGUUUGGAUCAGGAAAGCAACCAAGCAAUAUCAAAGGACGACCUUAUGGCGAAGGCGCAGCCUCAUUCCGACGCGUCUUUUUAUGCACCAAGUGAUCCUACCAAGUUCUAUACUGCUUGGCAAUCCAUGAAAACCCUCGAAGGCAAAGAGCUGGUAUGCACGAAGGGCAACCCUGUCAAAAAAUACUACCUGUCUGAUGAGGGAUGGGAAGUGUUUCUACGUAUGAAAGCCACAUUGGAAGGCCGCACUGUCCCUUCGCCCCAAGCCAAACGCAAAAAGAACGCACCAACUCCCGAUCCUAGUCCACUGAGGAGAGCCUCGCCAGAGCCGCAACUCAGUGUGAGACGUACUACGCAGGCUGACCAGUCGCCUCCAAAACGCCAGGUAGGGACGGCAGCGACCAACAAUUCCAGUAUCGUUGAUCUGUUGUCCAGCCCCGAACCAGACAUACGUAUCGAAGCGCGCAAGUUCGGAGCGGCAGGACCAAAUGCCGCUGGACCUGCGUCUGAUGACACCAUUAUCUUGCCUGCAGGCAGUUUCGAGGUAAGAAUGCUUUUGGACACACGCGAAAUCCGGACCACUACCGACCGCGAAUACAUUUCUGGCGAAUUGAAGAAGCUUGGGGUUGAUCCCGAACUACGCUCACUCCCUCUAGGAGACGUCCUCUGGAUUGCUGAAGUCAAUUCAGCAUAUGCUGAUGUCCUUCAGUCUGCACAUCUUGGAGAUGACCAGGCAGGGAAGAUCUGGAUCGUACUGGAGCAUGUUCUAGAGCGGAAGCGUUUGGAUGAUUUGAUCGGCAGCAUCAAGGACGGGCGCUUCCGUGAGCAAAAGUUCCGUCUACACAAGUCAGGCAUCAAGCAUGUCGUGUACGUCGUCGAAGAAUACUCUCUUUCGGCGGAGAAAAGCGAAAAGUAUGGCGAUGCGGUGGAGAGUGCCAUUGCGAGCAUGCAGGUCGUCGACAACGUCUUCGUCAAGCAAACAACCAAACUGGAUGACACCAUUCGAUAUCUGGCUCGGAUGACCAAGACAUUGAAGACACUCUAUGAAAAGAAAGAUAUCCACGUCAUACCUUCGCGAAACUUCGAAGUUGACGCGGCUUCGAUAUUACUUGAGCGGUUGAGAAGGUUAUCUCCUGGAAUAGUUUUUGGAAUAACUUUCUCCCUGUUUGGCGCGAUGUGUGACAAAUCCGACAGCAUGACGUUAAGGGAUGUUUACCUCAAGAUGUUGAUGUGCACGAGAGGUGUGACUGGGGACAAAGCCAUAGAAAUCCAGAAGAUCUGGCCAACGCCGCGAGCAUUGGCAGAGGCUUUUGAGAUGCGGAAAGGAGGUCCAGACAGAGACAACAUGAUAAGUGAUCGUCUUGGAAAUGCCAUUCCACGCAAAAAGGUGGCCAAAGCACUCAGCGCGAAGAUCGCUGAGAUCUGGGGUUAG